UUUGAAUUAUACCGCUUAGCGACUUCAAUACAUGCCUCAUAGCUCCAGUCUCAAACUUAACCCCGUUCCUGCUGAAGAAGAGAAGGUCUGCUGGAUGGAGAAAGAAGCUCUCGAGGAAGGGGAGGAGGCUGUUACAAUACAAAAACAAGUAGAAGGAGAGAGACGUGACUGUCGUGGAUCCUCUGGGGGGCCUCAACAACCUCAUGAUGCUGAAGAGGCAGAGAAGAGUCUCUCCACAUCAGAACACCUCAAACACCAGCAGAGACCAACAGGGAAGAAAUCUCAUUGCUGCUCUGACUGUGGGAAAGGUUUCAAAUAUUCAUCAGACCUUAAAAUACACCAGAGAACACACACAGGAGAGAAAUCUUAUAGCUGUGAUCAAUGUGGGAAGAGUUACAUUACAUCUAGUGUUCUGACUUCACACCAGAGAACACACACAGGAGAGAAACCUUAUAGCUGUGAUCAAUGUGGGAAGAGUUUUACUACAUCUAGCUCUCUGACUCUACACCAGAGAACACACACAGGAGAGAAAUCUUAUAGCUGUGAUCAAUGUGGGAAGAGUUUUACUACAUCUAGCCAGCUGACUUCACACCAGAGAACACACACAGGAGAGAAACCUCAUAGCUGUGAUCAAUGUGGGAUGAGUUUUACUACAUUUAGCUCUCUGACUGUACACCAGAGAACACACACAGGAGAGAAACCUUAUAGCUGUGAUUGAUGUCAGAUGAGUUUUACUACAUCAAGCAAUCUGAUAAGACACCAGAGAACACACACAGGAGAGAAGCCUUAUAUCUGUGAUCAAUGUGGGAUGAGUUUUACUACAUCAAGCCAUCUGAUAAGACACCAGAGAACACACACAGGAGAGAAAUCUCAUAGCUGUGAUCAAUGUGGGAAGAGAUACUCUGAUAAAAGAUCUCUGAUCAAACAUCAGAAAAUACAUACAUGAAGAAGUUGUUUCAUGAUAUCAAUGACAUAAUGUCACAAUGUAGAAUGUUUUAACAUUGUAGUAGGAGUAUUUUAAUGAUGUCACAAUGUAGAAUGUUUUAACAUUGUAGUAGGAGUAUUUUAAUGAUGUUCUACCUUAUCGUUUGCCCUGUUCAAUUGAUUGCAGCAUGAUAUGGAUAUUAGCCUCAGGGGAAAAUCCAGGCUCUGAAUUGAAAGAGUAUUAUUUAACAUAAAGUGACUAACAAAGAAAGAGCUGUGUUACACUUACUGCGUUGGUGACCCACUUUAAUCAAAAUGCAGCACUUCAAAAUGUAGCUAACUGUUUUCUACAAGUUGAAAAAGCUGCUUGUUUAAAAAAAUACAUGUAAUAUGAUACUUGUUGCAGAUGUUUGUGUAUAUACACACAUGAAAGCAGUAUAAUAAAUUGUACUAAUCAAUUUUAUUAACAAUCUGACAUCACUCCAGUAUUUCUUGACAACAUUCAAAUGCUAAUUGUCUUUAUUCCACUACUGAAGAAGCAUGACUCAAAUCACCUCAUAUUUCAAACAUUCAGCCUGACAAAAGAUACAUGUUUUAUUAUUCCAUGCCUCACCCUUAAGUGAAGUAUUGCCAAUACAUAUUAACAAAGGGGUGUACAUUUGGUUUUGAUUUUCAUAUUUACAAUUUAUGUAACAUUUAGUAUUCAUAAUUAUUUAUGCAACCA